UGAACGUCUCCUUAGGUUUAGGAUGCCCUCGACCCGGUGGGGGGAUCAUGCAUAGGAUUAUUAUUUCUCCAAUUUAGGAGAUUAUUUAGGUCGGUCCCGGAUGGGUUCUGGACCUCUGGUGCCCGUUCCCUUGGAUCCUUCGGCCUAUCUUUCUUAUAGCUGGUUCCGUCCCUCGGACAGCUAUCUCGGGGAUGAUGCAGCCAGUAUUAAGAUUCAGAACUUUGCUAGGGCCGAAUUAGAGAGUCAGGGUAGGAUUAGCUCGAUUGCUUUUUAAGUGUUUACUGCUUUCACAGAUGUUCUAACGCUUAACUCUUUUCUCUUGUUGCAGCAGCUAAUCCCAUGGAGGCGAUCUUGGCCACCCUUGCUGGAGCCCACAGUCCUGAUGCUUCUCUUCCUCCAACUUCUUCCCAGAUGGUCACCCCCACGAAGGCUUCUUCCAGUGCCCCUCCAAACACUAUUGACUUAGUGGAUGAGGAGGAGGUACUUCCUGAGGAAGCUAAAGAAGGUCAAGAAGAGCAAUGGGCUCUUCCUGGGGAAGUUGAAGAAAGUGAAGAAGAGAAAGAGGUUGCUCUGAUCCGCAAGCGCAAAGGCAAGAUGGUGGUUGAGGAAAUACCUAAACGGCCGCGGAGAAUGGACACUCCGUCCCCGAGCCGUGAUUCCGGGAUCCCUCCCGAGGUGGAGGAGUUUACAGUGCCUCCUAACAUUGUGCUGACUCCGGUUCCCGGAGAUGAGGCUAGGCACGAGCUUCGGAUAGCCAAGUACAAUUAUGCCAUGGAUGAAUACUCCCGGGGGCAUGCUGAGGUGGAGGCCUUGAGGAGGAUUUUGCGAGAGGAGAUGCAAAAUUCCCUUAACGAUCAGAACUACCAGAACCCGUGGGAUCUAAACCGGGACCCCCUGACGGACUGGUUCAAUCGUUUCCUCGGUCCUACCUUGGCUCCUUUUGCUGCGAAGAUGACCGGCGAGUACGUCUCCCAGCUAACCCGGUGCGCGCCUAAGCGAUUCGCUGCUUGUGCAUCCUUGAACUCCGUCUUUUAAGUUCAAGAUCUCAGCCACUCCUUGACCGUGCUUGCUGUAGAGGUCGGCCGCCUUUCCAAAAACAUAGUUAAUCAUGGCUUCGUCUUGUCCGAAUUUGGAGGCAUAGACGAAGUCGUGAAGAUCCUGCAGGACCUGUCUGCUGAAAGGCGGGCGUUCCAAGAGGAGGCUGCGCGGCGGGAGGCCCUUGCUAAGGCCAAGUUCGAGGAAGAGGCUAAACAGAGGGAAGCCCAAGCGGAGGCGAUGAUCCGAGAGGAGGUCCUUCGGAGGGAUAGGCUGGAGGCCAAGCACCGAGAAGCGUUGAGGGCGGAGGGCGAGGCUGUUGCCAAGGCCAAACGCGAGCUUCGGGAGGCUAGGGCAGCCUUAGACGAAAUGGCUGCCAAGGUGAAGUCCUUAGAGGAAUUGCACUAGGAGGACUUGGAGUCCAGGGCUAACCUGGCCGUGGAGCUGAAGGAGCUUAAGGACUUUAAGGACCAAGCCUUGAAGAAGGCUAAGAAAGAUGAGCUCCUUUCUCCUGUCUCCUGCAGCCGUUGCAUCAAGCGGUUCGAUGAUGGCGUCUACAUUGCCUGGUCAACAAAUGGCCAGAGUAUCAAGCUCGACUUCUACCCAAAACCUGCAGAGAUGAUUGCCAAAUUCCGGGAGAAGAAGAAAAAGCUUGACGCCAUGCUGGAGGCGCGCAUUGGUCCUCGCCUUCCUCCUCGCAUCGACUAGGUCGUUCCGAGUUCAACCCAUUACAACCCAGAUUUUUCUUAUCUUCUUCUUCUUCUUUUUUUUUUUUUUUUUAUUUAUUUUCAACCAAUUUGCUUUUAUUUAAGACAAUCUUUAUUUAAAUAGCUGUUUUAUUUUUUGAGGGGAAACAAUGGUUAAGGCCUGUCCCCGGGCCCUUUGUAUAUUUUUUUUGACCUGCCCUUAGGGCCAAGAUUUCUAUAUAUAUAUAUGUAUGAUCUUCUUUGAUGCACAUAUUUUUUUCUUUUUGGACCUGCCCUUUGGGUCAGGAUGUUUAUACAUAUGCUCUUUUUUGGUGCAUACUCUUUUUUUUGUUUUUUGACCUGCCCUUUGGGUCAGGAUGUUUUACUUUUGGCCUGUUUUUCGUCUGUCUGUGUGGUAUGCCUUAGUACCCCCCUGAGUGGCAUGAAAACUUUGUUUAUAAGGCACUCAAUUUUAUUUAAAAUACAGAAGCUGCAUACACUUAGACGGUACAAACCCUUUAAACAAAGCCUAAGUUACACUUUUGGACUAUUGGUAAUAUUUUCGGAGGUGAUCGGCGUUCCAGGACCUUGGCACAAUGGUUCCAUCCAUCCUUUUCAGCUUAUAAGUGCCUGAACCGAUUUCGUCCUCAAUUUCAUAUGGUCCUUCCCAAUUUGGCCCAAGUACCCCCACUCCGGGUUCUUGGGUGGCUGGGAAGACUCUUCUUAAGACCAUAUCCCCAAUAACAAAUUUUCUGUUUUUAACUUUGGAGUUAAAGUAUUUGGUCACCUUCUUUUGAUAAGCUGCCAUCCGUAUUUGUGACUCGUCCUGGAGUUCUUCAACUUGAUCCAGCGCUUCUUGUAAUAAAGCUUGGUUUGUAGCUGGAUCGUAAGUCGUUCUCC